GGAUGGGAGGGAGGUGGGGCCUGUCUGCUGCCAGCAGUCUGCUCUGCAAGCAACGAAAGGUGGAGAGAUUUUCACCAUCACACUCUGACAGUCUUACGCAUAUAUACAGUCAGCGACGGAAACAUCGAAACGAACUAUGGACCUGAGCCUGCGAGAUGCUCUGGGUGGGGGUGGAGGUGGGGUCCCAGGUAUGGCUCCUGCUGAGGCCAUGCUGAAGAGAGAUUUUGUGGCCACACUGGAGAAGGAGAGCUAUGACGACAAGGUGGGGGAGACAGUAUCCAAGAGUGACUACCGACCCUUACUUGAUGGAAAAGACACCAAGAGCGGACCAGGGAUGAUGUCGUCAGUGAUGUCAUCAGGCGGACGUCAAGACCCACCUGGACAGCAUGUCUUCAGCUCUGACUAUUUGUCUGGCUCCUCUCAGUCUGGGAUGGGAGGGACCAUGGGGUCCGGGCUGCCACCAUUCCAGACAAGUAUCAGCGCCACUCACGGCCAGUCUGGGAUGAGUUCAGCUGUGGACACCCAGAAGAGUUCGGGCCUGUUUGGUCUGGAAAACAAGACCACCAGUAACACCGGUGGACACAGUCUGUUUAAAACUAGUGAUCCGUUUUCUUCUGGUGGCCCAGGAAUCCACUCUAUGGAUUACUCUACAGCUCCCAUCCUCUCUCCCAGUGGCUCAGUGGAUGACAGCAGUCCCACAUCUUCCACUUCUGAACCCCUCAGCCCAGAGAGAGCAAGGUCGGGGAUUGAGGUUGACAAGCAACAGCAGAGACAGCGGAAGAAGAAGAGGAAGGACCGUGAUGAGGUGUACAGCUUCUUGGAUAGCCAGGACAAUAAGACUGGCCAAUCAGACAUGCAAGGGAUGCAGGACAGGGACGAACAAGAGGUGGAGGAAGAAGAAGAUAUGAAGGAAAAUUGGGAGUGGGAGAUCAGACAGAGUGGAGGAGCGGGUAGAGUGAAAAGCAGGAAGACUAAGACUCGGGCAAGACUUCCAGAGGAGUGGGGAGCACCUCAGAAGCCUGUCUCUCCCACACCAGGAACAGCUGCUCCUACCUGGGCUACAGCUACUGACUCUGGUCCCCCUGACUUCAAAGCUCUGAACUCCAGCCACAGCCCUGUUUUGCCCUCCACCCCUGCACAAAUACCCACAUGUAUCACUAACUGUUCUUCUGCUAGCCCUUUUACAUCAUCCCCACGUUCAUAUGAGCCCAUGUCUGUAGACAAUUUCCGCAUCUCUGCUGAAGAUGGGCAAAAGGCAAAUGAUGACAAAGUUUCUACCAGCAAACCUGAAACUAAUAUUAACAUAGCAGCUGGUACAUCCACCUCCAAGAGUAGCUUGGCUGGGGAUGUAAGUGGUAGUCUAGCAUUUAUGACAGGGGAUAGUCUGUGCCCAGUCUCCCAGACCUUCUCUUUCCUUGAUUCUGUCCUCCAGACCCCUCCUGGCUCCACCCCUGACUCACAGAUCACUACCCCCAUGACCAACAUCCCCUCCCAUGCUACUACUCCCCUGACAAAGUCCACGCCAACAGAAACCACCAGUUCUGUUUCACAAGCUUGUUCUGUUCCCAAGAAUAUUCCAGAAGUUCUUCCUACUGCCAUUUUCCCUACCAACCCAACUGCAGUGGAAUCAACCCUCAACAUUGAUGCCAAGUCUUUUGUCCCCUCAGCUACACUCAUACCUUCCUCAGUUACUUCCGGUACACCUGCACUUAAUCCUCUUAUUAGUACACCCACCACCUCAGCCACGCCACUUAGUUCAGCUUCUUCCUGUAAGAAUGAAGUUGCCCCCACUUCACCAUCAGACACUCUGCUCCAAACGGUAGCCAUGCCCCUUAGCUCAGCCACACCACCUCCCUCCAUGACCCCUGCAGUCCCUGCCUAUCUCCCAGCACACUCAGAGAACCAGGAGUCCUCAUCGCCACAUCUCCCCCCACUGGAAGUGAAAUCUGACAAGGACAAGCAGGAGAAGACAGACGUCAUGUCUGAUAAAACUAAGACCAACGCCUUUGACAAAGAGAAAGAGGAGCAGCAGAAGAAAGACAGCGACCCAGACAAGAACCAGAUGUCUGAAAAGAUUCUCAAAGAUAACGAAAAGAUCAAUAAGAUGAAUGCAGAGAAAAACAAGACCGAGAAAGCAGAAAAGGUGGACAAGCCGGAGAAGACCAACAAAGAUAAGAAGGAAGAGGAGAAAAAGCUGGCUGAGAAGAAGGAGAAGGGAGAAAAAGGCACAGCCAAAUCUCCAACAGGCAAUAACAAGAAGACCCUGCCAAGCCCUGACAGCAAGAUCAAGCCUGACAUGGGUUCAGCUAAACCAAACUCCACCAAACCCCGUCCAUCCACCCUCUCCAGCAAUGGGGAGGCCACCUCUGCCAAACAUCCCUCCAGCACAACACCCUCAACCAAUAAAAAAAGCCCUGUCCCCAAGGUCACUACACCCACUGCCACCAAGCGGACACCACUGGCAACUGGCUCCGCCAAGGCUGCCAAGACUCCAGAAAAUGUUACGGCUGACAAACACCCAAAGGCCACACCCCGUUCAGCUUCCAAUAAGGACAGCUCCUCUGUGGCUGCUGCAAGCAAAACUGCUGCCAACAAGAAUGACAAGGCUGAGAGCAAGACAGGAGAAGUCAAGAAACCCAAGACUGCAGCUCGUCCUCGCACGGCCACCACCACCACUCCUGCUACUCCGGCUGCCUUCACCAAUGGUGAAGCCACCACUACUCACCGACGCCGAGUCAUCACCAAACCCCCUGUGCCCAAACAAACCCCACUGGAAAAGAAGCCAGCAGUGCCCCAUGCCCCUCGAACCCCCCGGCCUAUCAAUGCCCCAACACCAGACCUGAAGAACGUUCGUUCCAAGAUUGGAUCCACUGACAACAUCAAGUACCAGCCAGGUGGAGGAAAGGUCUCCUCCAGCCCGAACAACAAGACAUCAGACCCUUCCACCCCUCCCGGCAAGGCCAGAGUUCAGAUAAUGCACAAAAAGUUGGACUUCAGCCAUGUCACCUCUCGCUGUGGCUCCAAGGACAAUAUCAAACAUGUCCCUGGAGGUGGCAAAGUGCAGAUCUUGAAUAAGAAGGUUGAUGUGAGUAAGGUGACAUCCAAAUGCGGCUCCAAGGACAACAUCAAACACAAGCCAGGUGGUGGUGAUGUUAAGAUUGAGGCCCAUAAACUAAACGUUAAAGCUAAGUCAAAGAUUGGAUCCCUGGACAAUGUGGGACCAGGAAAUGGACAGGCCAAUGGACACAAGGAGGAGAAAACAGAGGAGAAGACAUUUUCACCUCCAAGUGGCGUGCCGACAACAGGACCAGCAGGCGUUGCUAAGGCAACCGCACCAGGAGGUGUUGCUAAGGAAAAUGGAGUGAAGGAGCAAACACCCACUCCUUUUGGGGGAGAUGGACUGAGGGAGCCCCUUAGCAUAGACAAAGGCAUUGCUGGCACAAAUUGAGUACCACUGACCUGUAGAUUUUGGUGGGCCACACACAAUGCUCGCUAACCUGCCAAUCAACAGACCGACCAACCAACCAACCUAUCACAGCUCCACUUUUAAUCUCACCCUUUGCAGCACCAGACUGAAAGAUUGCCUCUCAGUGUUUCUCUGGGGUCUACCUGCCAGCUUCCUGCUAUAAACCUUUACAUCCGACUUCUCAGCACCCUUGGAAUGACCUUUAGCCCUGUUUAUGAUAGAGAGGAGCACUUGCUGUUUGUCUGUGUUUCUCUGCGUGGGAUUCCACUAGCUUCUUGAAUUCCCUUGUAAGCACUUAUUUUGAAAACCCCAAAUCUAACUCCAACACAAUAAAUCCAUGAUCAUAGUCAAGCUGUAUUGAGUAUAUUGAGCAUUGCUAGAUUUUCUUGUCUAAGUUAAACAUUUGCACAUAUAACCCUUAAUACCCUGUGGACACAACAUUUCUGAGACCUUAGUCUUUAACAGGCCUUCAAAACUACUUUGAUACUGCAAACUUGCUAGUAGACCUAUGGUAAUGCUACUUUUUGCCCCACCUCCAUUCCAAGUCCAUGCCCGUGUAGCUCUGAACUUAGUUCCCUUGGUAUUACUGCCCUACUUUGUCAGAUUAAUUAUGGAAAUACUUAUUUAUUUCUGGACUAUUAAUAUCAUGAAAUGCUCAGCUAGUAGUGAUUGGUGAGGGCAAGGGCUUAUGCAGAGUAGAGUAGAUAUAAUUGGAGAUAUUUUAAUACAGAUCUAAAGAAUCAAAAUAGAAGCUUUCAGAAUGUCAGAUAAUUCCUGUGUUGUGUAAUUAAGAUGCAUUUAUUGACAGUGCUUAUGAGGAACUUGACAACAGAGCAAGCUGGAGCAGUGAUUCUAAAAGGGGGUAUUAAACACUUUGUGGUUAUUAAAGAUAGUAUAAACAAAGCUAAAGUGCUAGCUGCUGCCCUUUUUAGUCAAGUGACAUGAGCACUGAUGCACAGUAUACAGUAUGUAGCACUUUUCUUAUUGCAUACAGUGUCAACCACCAUGUGACAGGCUGCUGACCAGGUUACACCAGCACUUAAAAUUGUGAAAUUUUCUUUUUAAAAAAUCACUUUAUUUUGAUAGAAUCAACACAAACCACGAGUUUUUGUUCAAAUUGUGCUAAUGUGGGGAAAAGGGGGAAAAAGCUCAAGCUCUACAAGCUAACCAGCUUACCAACUGUCCACUACCAAGCUGGUUAAAAGGUUGAGCCUUUUCCCCCUUUUCAGGAACUUUUUAAUGAAUGAAAUCAUGUACAUGCAAAAUUCUAUGGGUGAGUAAACAACCUAGCACAGAGACAACAGAACAAAGCUCAGACAGCUGGUGUAAAUGACUAGCACUCGCAUGUUCUCUGCUGCUAGGGUACCAGUAGUUUACAAGCUAGCCCUGUGAGUGUUCUUUACACCACCAAGCCCCAAGAACCAUGAAAAUGAAUUUCACCACAACACAGUAUUUUGAGCAUUACUUUGUCCAUUAUCAGCUCUGGUCAUAUGGUGUUAACACAAGUCCACAAACUACUGUUAAUGUUACAGCACGGCAUCCCUGUUCAGUUUGGUUUUAAACAAAUAAAAAAGCACUAAGUAUAACACAUUAUACAACAGAUCAAUCUCAGUGUAACACCAUAGAUUGUAUAUAAAGAUGGACAAUGUGGCAGCUCUCAGAAGUGAAUCCGCUUAUAUACAGUCUAUAUGUAACACAUGAAACCUUUAUACUUUAUCUCCAAAAUAAACUCACACACUUAUAUUCUUGACCUUUAGCAUAAACUCUGUUGCUGCCUAAACUUUUAAUCUUAUUUUUUCUGUAUGUCUUUGUCCGCCACAGCACAUCCAACCCUGUUCUCCUGUUUCACAAUACUUUGCUUCCCAUGCUUUCUAAUCACUUGAUACCAAACCUUCCAUGUUUCCUUCAGCCCCACUCAUGAAUUCCCCUGUGAGGGACCCCAGCAGUCACCCUGAAUCAACAUGUGGCUAUUAGAGACAGACAGACUGCAAAGCCAUACCAUCUUUAAAGUUGUGGUUGGUACAUCCUAGAAUCCUCUCUGUGAAACCUGCUAGCUUUGUUCACACACCAACACAUACACAAAAGCACAGAUCUAUACAGGAAAGCACACACAUGCUUGCUGAUAUACACGUCCCCCCUCACACACAGAAAUCAGCAUACUGUACAUAUACAAAAAGUAUAAUAUACACCAACAAAAUUGAGCACCCUAAAAUAAAAAUGGUAUACUGCUCAUAAAGGUAUUGCUCCAUUCUAGAAUGAAACCAAACCUUUAUUGUGUUUUGGUAGUCUACGCUGAUGUCAUUAAAACAGCAAGGAGCUGUGUCAGUGUGUUGUUCCUAUCAUAGUCACUGUCAGACAUUUUCAUCCUAGGCUCACCUCAUCUUGACACCUGCUGGUCUAGUUGCUCCCCCUGUGUUUCACUCCAACUCUCUGACAGCAAUACAGUGAUCUUAGCUGAGGAAGCCUCCUGUUAUCUGUGCAUACACAUAAUGUACAAACAAAAAGAGAAGGAUAGACAGGGAAUGACUACAGAACGUAACAGGUACUGUAGCUGGAGAUGCCAGUUAAAAUGACUAAUGGAACUACCCAACUCCAAAAUGUCAUAAAUGCCGUAAGACACAGCCCAGAAUGGUCUGCAAAUAAUGUAGUCUUUCUAAUGAAUAAAUAUGUCCUUGUAAAAUAUCGAUCCACAUUUUAAGUGAUAAAACUAUUUAAAAUGGCAGUAGCACACUCAGUUUUAAAGCAAAUUCAAACCAGUGGUUGAUGAUAAAGCAGCCCAGAGUUGUAGGAAGUGUUAUUUUGAUCAGUUUGCACAAUUGUUAAAUGUCUUAAAUGGACUACUGUGAAGAAGAGUUGUAACAUUUUGGUCUGUUAUUAAUUAUUUUAAGUAUUCACCUAAAUUCAGCUUUGGCAUUCUAUUUAAACAACACUGUGAUGUGAUUUUGAUUUAAGCAUUGUUAUGUGUCAAACCACUAAAACAAGUAGAAGCAGGGAUUUUAAAGGAGAAGGUCCUGUCUAAUCACUGUAAUUCUGCUUGGAUGGUGUCUGCUGAUACCAUGAAGGAUUAGUGACGUAUUUGUGGAGUGUUACUGUAGUUGUCAGAUGCGUGAAGUGUUACUACCGAAUCCAUCCUGUAGAGAGUGCUGCUUCGCCUCUGGAACACUGAUAGUCUGACUCAGACUUCAUGAAGUCUGACUAAGAAACCUUAAGUGACCAUUAGAGAAGCUACAGUAGAAUUACAUGUGGUUCUCAUUUAAACUAGCUUUGAUGGCCACACUAUAUGUCUCCCACACUAUAUACUAUCAACAUCAUAUAACAUAUGUACAGUUCCCUUCAAAAGUCGUGCACUUCAAAUGUCUUGAUUACUUGAUGCACUGCAGUGAUAUUAAACUGAAUAUUGGUACAUCUUUGUCAACCGUGUACUGUAAGUGUGCUUUUAGGAGCAAAACAGUUUUGGUAGUUAGAUAAAGUUAUGAUCAUCAAACAGCAAUUGAUCAAAUAGUCAACAAUAAUGACUAGGCAAAUGCAGACAUCAUAUAGGUAUAUUUAAUAUUGUAUUGUUCCCUCCAAGUCAUUCCCAUGAGUUGCCUAAAAGCAAAACAUAUCACAUAACGUGUGUGGAUCGAAUGUAAAAAUAAUAAUGUGAAUCUUCCUUCAGCAAUUGAAGAAGGGAUGAAAGCACUUUAAUAGGUGUAGGCAGUGGUCUGCGUGUACAGACUGUACGACUGAGUGCUGGAAUCUCAGUGUGACAGUAUGUUACCAUGUGAAGGGAUGAGCUGAUGCUGUAUAUCCUUGAGGACACACCAAUACCCCUUUAUAUUGGCCAGUUUAGUGGCUUUUAGUGGAACUUUGGUCAUCUGUGUUGUGCUAUUGGCUAUGAUGGUUUAACACUCGACUGUCCAGUCUGCCCUCAUGUUGUUCCUGUUAACAUUCAUUGGUUCUUACUUUAUGACCAAGCUUCAAAGUCACAUUUUCUAAGUGGGAAAGUUUCCAUUUGUGGUCAUUCCAUGGUUCAUUCUGAGGUUUGAGGAAUUUGGCCAAUGCUCAUCUUAUAUGACGUUUUGAGAUGACUGACAUCACAAUUGCCUCUGGUCGAAUGUUAUAAAUGCCAUGAAUAAUUUUAGGAAACAGUAUGUUAUGCAAAUGUAUGUAAUUAGCUUUCCCCUAGAAAAGUGAAAAUGAGAACUUCCAACAACUUUAUUUUAAUGAGACGCAUCUAAACCAUGGAUUUUUUACCAGUGGUCUGCAGCCCCCUGGUGGUUCAAGAAGGCAAUGCAUGUGGUCCCUGAUCAUGCAUUCAAUAGGGUAGUUUGACUGAAGGAAUCUUUUUUAAAGAUUUUUGAUCUAUUUCCAUGCAUUACUUAUUGUUUGUGAAUAAUCAAAAUUAUGCAAAUAUAUAACAUUUAGAAAAGUGGAUCAAAAUAUUGCCCAUCUGGUUUAUCUACCACAAAGCAGGGGUCCUCAGGUUACUUCUUAGUCAGAACGAUGGUCCAUGUGUCAAUUAUUUUAAAACCCCGAUCUAAACUUAUGGGGUUUACCCCAUGACCGAUGAAACAGACAUAAGAUCAUGAAAAUUACUUUGAGUUAAAGCAUUGCCUAUUUUAGCAUAAUUAUGGGAUUAAAGAUAAAUUAAAUUUAAACACGUUGUACUUGUUAUGCAAUGAUUCCCACUUUAUAUACACCUAUAAAUGCCCCUAAACUUUGAAGUAUAUAGUAUUUAUUUUCCCUUCUAAUACAGUUACAGUGUAUAUGAGAGACAGACGGUGGAAAACUGACAGGAAAUGAGAUGAGAGAUGACAAUAAAAGUUAUUCUCUAACAUCAGCAUCUUAAACCACUAGGCCACCAUUACACCCCAAAACAACAGUACUAGCAAUUGUAUACAAAGAUUUAUUGUAACUUUACUUUAGAUGCCACUUGACUUUGGCCUGUGGGCCAGUAAGUAAGGAGAAAUUAUGUGCUUAAAUGACAAAGAUAUAUUUCAUUUAUAACAAGACAAAAUACAAAAUUGUCCUGCUCUGUGCAUAUCUUGGUUAGAACCAUAGUGUCUCAUAUGAGAAAUGCUAGUGUACUGACAAAACAGAAGCUUUUCAGAUGCCAAAAAGGUAACAGCAUUUAUAAACUCAGUAUGAAAAGCAUUUAUGUUGUGUUUAUGAACAAAAUUUGCCAAUGAUAAUUGCAUUUUGAAUAUCUUGAACAGUUAAGGUUUAAUAUGAUUACAGAAACUGAUGAGUUUAAAGGCUAUGCUUAUGCCUUUUGAUUCAGUAACAACUAGUAAAUAGUGGUUAGGUGACAGAUAAAGGUAAUGUUUUAAUAUCUUUGCAGCUUGGACAAAAAGUAACAACUUGAGUCACUCAAAUGUCCAAUCCAGUUGUUGAAUUUCCCUGUUAAAGCGCUUGAACAGCAUCCUUUCACUAGUAUCUCACACUGUCCCUUGUAUAUAGUUACCAUGUUUUUAUCAUUCCAGAAGUAAUUCAAAUAAAUGAAAACCAAAAAAAAAAAGAACAGAAAAGAAAACAAAAGUAAGAAAAAAAACUUCUUAACAGGGUGUUGUGGAUGUUGACAGAUGAGGUUUUAUGUUCAUAAAACUUACUGUUAAGGUAUUACAAGAUUGAAAGCAUAAGAAAGAAAAACUGUACUUUUUCUUUUUCAGUCCGCCUUUUUUCCACCAAGAAAAGGGCUGCUGAAGUUUCAAGAAUGUUUUCAAAAUGUACUAAAGAUGCAACGUUAUAAAUUCAUGUGUGAGGGUUUGACUCUGUUCUGUUUUGGAAUAUAUACACAUAUAGAAACACUGUUUACCAGAAUCAAAAUGAUGGGCAGGAAGGGAGACUGUGUUUGGAAUGGUCCCAAAAAGUCUAUGACUUACAGAAGAAUCACAGUAACAAAACCUGGUGGUGCAGAGAGCUAAAUCACACUUCAGAACUGGUUGGGAGACAUCACUUAAACAGAAAGAUCUCCUCUGAAUCUGGUUGAUUUCCAGUUUGAAAUGUACUACAUAUGACAUCUGAGGCACACUUGUCAGCCCUUCUACCCAAUGCUAUUCCCCAGUUAGACUAGCAGUACUGAGACUUCUGCCGUGUGGUAGAAACUAAUGUUCUGUAUUAGGACAGUUCCUAUAUAGACACAAUGACAUACCUACCAACACAAGACUGAGUUAAGUGAAGUCUUGAACCAAAUUAUCUUUUCACUGUCAGUAACAAAGAAUAUAAUAAAUUGGGAAAGAUAUAACUGGAAAAUUUCCAAUAAAAGAUAGUGUUGGUAGAUAUGCAAAUGGAGCCCCUAGUUUUGUCUCCCAUCUAGAGGGGCUUGUCAGCACCACAGCACUGAAAAGUAGCUUUCUCUGCUUGUGUCCUUUAACACAACAUAUACCAGUUAGUAGCCCAGUAGCCUAACCAACAUUCCAAAUGUUUAAUUUUCAAGGAGUGGAAACUUUGUGAACCCUAUUAUAUUUUUUAAGUAAAGUAUUGUAUCUUGGUCAUUUUUAUACAUGUUAGUAGGUACCCUUGUUCUGUACUUAACUUUGGAUUUGAUAAGAGCAGUAUGUCCCAAGAUCUAGAAAAUUUGGAUGGGGUGGCCAGGCUGGGGCACAGACACAAAGAGGGGUGGCACAUUUGAAAUACAUGUAUAAAGUAAAUUCAACCCUUGGUUCUCUGAAAUUAUGAACCAUAUAUUAUCAAGAGCUUGUGAGACUCAUACUUAUUUCUUUUACCAACUUUGGCUGUGGUCCUUAUUUACUACCAGCCAGAGACAUUACUGCUGCACAGUGGUUUCCACCACUAAGGUGAAUUAUGCCAAGUGCUCCACAACAACACAGUCGGAGAAAUGAAUGCAAAUAUCAUGGUGCAUGCAUGAUAAAAAAUAGAACUAAUUUGACCAAUAUCAAUUACAAAGCACCUGAAAAUGUUAAUUGUAUUUAAGGCAACAAUUUGUCAUUGUUUUUAAUUUUUCAUUCAUCAAUACUGACAAGCAUCAUAUUUCGACUCUGGCAGGGGAGGCCAGUCAGAUUCUGGGGAUGGCCAGUGCUGCCCCUGCCCACCCCCUGGCUCCACCCCAUGACAUGUCCAUAUCUAUAAUUACAAACUGAGAGAAAACAAGCUAAAGAAUCUACUUUUCAGUCCUGUGGAGUGGGUCUAUUGUAGUGGGCUGUGUCAUUCUCUAGGGCACAACAUUAUAGCAAGAGUAUGCAGAUGAUAACUGCUGAUUGUUAGAGACAUCUGUGUUAUUAGAUAACGCUCAUCUCCCCUUGAAUUAUAAUUAUUUGGUAUGAAAGAGAUGUUAAUUGUGAGUAAUUGUCAACCAGUGAUGUGGAUAUUAAUCAUGCAUUAAAAAGAUGAGCAAAAGAUGAA